ACAUCCAUUGUGUUUGACUCAAUCCGGAACCUAGGUAAACCUUCAGUCUACUGAUGGCACUUUAACCACGCCCCCUGAGUUGGACAAAACCCACGUCCCUACAGUUGUUCUCAGUCUCUUUUUAGUUCUCCACUCCAAGGGCGCAUAUGCCUUUCUACGACAUUCCCUACUAAUUCCUUCAUCUACGGACGACUUCAUCAUCUCUUUUCCCUGCCUUUUCAACAUCGGAUCUGCAAACACGACCAUCUUCAUAAAGGAAAUAAAGAACUGUGGAUGUGCUGGAGAAGAGUCCCAUGUCUGUGCACCGUGUGGACAAAGUUUCACUUCAUCUUCUGACAUCAAGACUCAUCAGCAAACGCAUUCCAAAAGAAAGACCUACGACCACACACACUGUGUGAAACACUUUCCAGCAUAUUCUGGACUACAGACACAAAAAUUCAUUCAGGAAUAAGACCAUACGUCUGUACAGUUCAUCAGAAAGAACACCUUAGUGCUCACAAGAGGACUCACACAGGCGAAAAGCCUCACGUGCAAAAGCACUGCAGGGGGGGUUGCAAGUUUCAAGUUGGAGGCCUUCGCACACACAAGUUGCGACGCUCGAGAAAGAAGCCCUACCUCUGCAAACACUGUAGGAUGCCUGGGAUGAAGGACCGUAGAGGAGAGAAGAUCAACCACUGUUCUCACUGCGUAAAAAAAUUCUCAACCGCAUCUGCACUUAAGCGCCACCUGCUAGAGCGCCACCGUCACUCUAGCGAAAAUCAAUAUGUCUGCACUCAGUGUGGGAAGGGUUUUACCUCGCAACGAAACCUUACAGCUCAUGAGAAGAUUCACACAGACAAGAAGGCCCACGUCUGUGACCUUUGCGGUAAGAGUUUUCGACGACGUGAGAAACUUCAGAAUCACCAGAGGAUACAUACUGGAGAGAAGCCCUAUGGUUGUGAUCAUUGCGGACAGAGAUUUGCCAGGUUAGAUGCACUGAAAGUUCAUGAGAAAUUGCAUACAGGGGAGCAGUCUUACCAGUGUAGUACCUGUGACAAGAGGUUUACCCAUCUUUCAUCAUGGAAGCGGCACGAGGUGACACAUACAGGUGUAAAAACUCACGCCUGUGCACACUGCGAACAGAGUUUUGCCUCCGCAGGUGAGCUCAUAAUACACACAAGAGUACACACCGGGGUGACUCCUUACCACUGCACCCAUUGUGGAAAGGGCUUCAAACAAAAGAGCAACCUUGAGACACAUUUGAGAUCACAUAGAGGUGAAAAGUCUCACUACUGUACUGAGUGCGGUACGGUGUUUAGCAGCUCCCACAGCCUGACCCAGCACAUGAGAACCCACACUGGUGAGAAACCGUAUCACUGCGAUGAAUGCGACUACAGCUGUGCAACGUUAGGUUCACUUAGAUCGCAUAAAAAGACCCAUACUGGUGAAAGACCCUACCAUUGCACAGAGUGUGACAAGAGCUUUUCUCUUCCGCAAACCCUCAGAGUACACAAGAGACUUCACACAGGGGAGAAGCCUUACCAGUGUUCCGAGUGUGGAAAAUGGUUCAGGCAGUCAGGAAACCUUGGUCUACACAUGAAAACACACACUAAAAGCCUUGAGAAAUGAACUGGUUCUGGAGCCUUGUGAACUUCAAUGCAACACUGUGCAACUAUUUGGCAUUUUUGAGGUGUGUUUUUAUUAUUUAAGUAGUUUUGGUGUAACCUCAAAUUCAUAUUGGAGGUGUAAGGUUAUGUGAAAGACGGAUACACACACCUAAUGUUCCCACUAGCCACCCAGGCUUUGCCUUAUGUAGUUAUGUGUUCUGUGACUGAGCACACCACAAGAGUGUCAUAACCCCCCCCCACUAGAGGGCAGUGCUAAGCACAUCGCCAAAUAACACUAGUGGACAUGUUAACUAGCUUUAUACAGUGGGCUGUUGUCACUGUUUGCAAGAUUUUUGCUAGAUAGUUUUAGUUGGUUUUAGAUAAACUCCUUACUGUUGCUUUAAUGCACACUUUAAAGAGGGAGAAUGUGCACAGUGAGUGAGGAAUUUUGACAGUUUGUACUAAGGUAUUUGCUGAAACCUCUUUUAACUGGCUAAAAUGUGGGUAGGCCUAUUGAUCAUGAGUUUGUUGUUCUAAAACUAUUUACUUCUUUACAUUUUUAACCUUGUACAGUCAUGUUAUUUUAGAUAUCUGAUCUUGAUUCUUGGGAGUCAGAUAUGUGCAUUAUUUUAGGAAAUGUUCUAUUUUUAUCUCAGAUAUUCUUAUUAAUAUGUUUUUUUUUGGAGGAAUGUCAGAGCUGGAGAAGGGAUGGUGAAGCGGACCUCAGACUAAUCUAUUUUCACCCCUUGGUUUGUUGUUUGUAACAUGUUUGUAUGUACUGCCAAUUAAAUAUUGAUUGUUCAAUAAAAUCAUGCAAGUCCAGUG